AUGGCCCCGCGUAAGAAGGGCGCUGUAUCCAGAGGGACCACCAAGACCGAGUCUCCUACUACCAGCCUCCACCACAAGAGCUGGCUGGAAAGGAUUCCUUCCUCGGUGCGAUUUAUCCUGGUGGUUGCCAGUAACUUGAUUCUCAGCACGUUAUUGUUUACCCUCACAGCUAGUAUUACCUUGCGCGAGCUAGGCAAUGUGAGCAAACAACUCGAAGCAUGGGAAGUGGGGGGUCUGAUAGCCUGGAAGGCCGUGGAGGUAGGAUUGGCCUGGAUCUUGGGAUACGACGGCCGAGACGCGUCGUCAUUCAUCUUCCUCGUCCAUCUACCCACCUACGCCUUGCUCGCAUCCUUCUACAACAUCCGACCGACCACCGUUCUCGUCUCGUAUGCCAUCGUCCUAUUCUCGACCUCCAUCCCGUUCAUUCUUCUCCGCAGCCCAACAUCAGUGCAUAACCUCUCCCACGUUCCAUGGGACGUCGUCUCCAACCGAUCCAUCCUCCAAGAUCGGCCCACGACCAUCUACACCACCGUCGUAGCGACAUCCAUCUUCACCGUCACUCUAUACCUCAGCUACGCCACUUUCCUCCCUUCCUUCCUAGUCGUGCACUUUGAACCCAUACCCAACAUCAGCGCUGUGCAUGCCGGUCCCGCAGGCCUUCCUAUUCUCUUCGUAUCCCUUCUCCCAUUUGGCUGGGCCGCUCGAGAUUUUCUCUUCGCUAGCUCUGCCGGCGCGGUAGCCUCUUCCCCCCCCUCCUCCUCGAAGAGCGAGGAAUCAACCAAGAAGGGCUCUGGAUCUCCCUCGCGAGAGGGCGAGUACCUCGCCUGUGCGGUGUAUCGCAAAACAUGGGGGACUCUAUCCGUCAAGACGAAGGUGUUGGUUUCACGCACGUUCGUCCUCGCCGGCAUCUUGGUCGGGAAUACCAUUAUACAGGUGGCGGGGACUAUCGACGGGGCUGAUAUCAAAGGUGCAUCCGUGUGGGGAGCUGUCUGGGCUGUUGCGACUUUCGUCGUAGCGGGCACUUUUGGUUGGAUUGAGGCGGUGGAUGGUGUAUGA